CCGAACGUCCCAACACCGAACUGACCGAACGUAAACAAACAAUCAAUAGCGCCUUGCAAUGCCGUUAUUAUAUGUAUCCGCAUAUUUUGGGAAUACUACUAAUGAAAUGACUUCAAAUAUUUCUCAAGCAUUGUAUGAAAUUAAUGUGUGUUUAGUAUACAGAGCAUGCGCUGCAUGGGCAAAAGCGCAGCAGAUACAUUUUGUGCAAUGAUGAACUGAAACCCCACCGUUUUUAAAUUUGAAAGACUACAGUAUCUCAGGCGAUUACAUCUGUUUGCUCAAAAUCUAGGUUGAAUGCUACAGAAAGUGCUGGCAGAUGAAGGUAAUUUCAUCAUUCAUAAGAAUCAACUAACGAAACCGCAAGAAACACACCAAUCGCAGGUUUUGAUAGUUCAAUUUCAGCAAAAGAAGCUGUUCAGAAGGAAAUAAUGGAAAAAGAAUUGGAAGAGCAAAGACGUCUUAAAAAAUUGGAGAAAGAAAAACGUAAAGCAGAAUCCAAAGCAAAACAAAAUGAAAAACGUGAUAAAAGACACAUGGGAGACAAUGAGGAGGAAUUUAAUGGUGAUGAUGUUGCUGAAAAUGCAGAGACUGCUCCAGUGAUAACAGUUAGAGGAUUUUUCUCAUCAUUUUUUCUAUUUUUCUUGUUGGGAUCUGCAACUGUCUUUUUGUAUCACAUGUAUCAAGAUGAACAUUUUCAAAGGAAAACACUGCCAAAAUUACAAGCUUUAGCCACGGAAUAUAAUACUAAAUUCCAACUUUAUGUUUCAAGAUUUUUAUCUGCUUUAAUUCCUAUUUUUAAAGACUUAAAAUCAGAGUUUUUACAGGUUGCUCAUCAUGCAAUGAUAUUAGUUACUAAAUUUUUUAGACAAUUAGAACAUGGUGUCAAAUUAUUAAUGUCAUUUUGAUAUUCAUAAUACAGACAGUACAAUUUAUGUUUUCAAAAGAAAUUAUGUUAAAUUUUAAAAUGGGUUUGAUUAACAUUUGAAGAAGUUUAUUUACACUAUGAGAGUUUCUUCAAAGAUUACUAAAAUUCUAUGUUUCUGACACUUUUUUUUAGAAAAUCUGAAACCAGUAAACAUAAGGUUAAAUGUAAAUUAUUAUAACAAACUGAGCAUUGCAUUAUAUCUGUAAUAAAAGCGUUUAUUUAUUACAUUAUUUGCGUAAAAACAUAUUUUAUUCCAGACCUAACCAUAUGUCCAGUGUAUGAUUUUUGUAUGAAUUUACCAUUUGUACUGAUACAUUUGAGUGAAUAAA